AUGACGUCCGCGACCGAGUCCUUCAUCCUCCCCGACCUCUUCCCUCUUCUGCCCUUCAAGGGCUCCUUCAACCCUCACUUCGAGCGGGCGGCCAAGGCAUCCUCUGCCUGGGUCAACAGCUACAGGAUCGUGUCCGAACGCAAGCGCGCCUUCUUCCAGCAGGGAGGCAGCGAGCUCCUCUGCGCUCACGCCUACUCCUACGCCGGCUACGAAGAGCUGCGCACUACCAUGGAUUUGGUCAACAUCCUAUUUACCGUCGACGAAGUCAGCGAUGAGCAGAAUGGGAAGGAUGCAUACAAUACUGGGCGCGUCUUCCUCAAUGCUCUCCGCGCCCCCGACUGGGACGACGGGUCGGCACUCGCUCAAAUGACCAAGGAGUUCCGCAAGAGGCUGCUGCAGUUCAACGUGCCCGCGUGCUACCGCCGACUGCUCAAGCACUGCGAGGACUACGUGAACGCGUUCGCCGUUGAGGCGGAGCUGCGGGAGCGCGACGAAGUCCUUGACCCGGACGCGUACAUCGUGCUCCGCAGAGAGAACAGCGCCGUCCGCUUUUGCUUCGGACUGUUCGGUUUCGUCUUGGGUCUUGACCUGCCCGACGAGAUCUUCGAGCACCCGGUCAUGAUGCGUCUCCACCUUGCUGCCGUCGACAUAGUGUGCUGGUCGAACGAUCUCUACUCCUACAACAUGGAGCAGGCGAUGGGCCACACGGGAAACAACGUCAUGACGGUCUUGAUGAAGUCCAAGCACUGCGACCUGCAGACCGCCGCAGACCUUGUCGGCGUGCAUUGCAAACAGCUCAUGGACAGCUUUCUCGCUGACAAAGCUCGUCUUCCAUCAUGGGGCCCUCCAAUGGAUGCAGUUGUGGCGAAAUACGUGAUGGCCAUGGAGACCUGGGUAGUCGGCAACUGCGAAUGGAGCUUCGAGACGCAGCGCUACUUUGGUGUUCAGAGGGAAGAAGUGAAACGCACUCGUGUCGUCAAAUUGUACCCGAAGCGUCAAGAACACGACGACUAA